CGGAGAGGCCCAGGCGGCGGCGGUUCCUCUCGGGUUACGGUGAAGAAUGUCAGCCACUAGCGUGGAUCAGAGACCUAAAGGGCAAGGAAAUAAAGGUGGGAAAACAUGAUGCACACAUCUGUUGACUUUCCUAACUUGAUGUAGUCAGGACCAGAGCAGAGAACCACCUGGCUUCUAAGGCCCAUGUUCUAUCUUGAUUUGACUUUGCUCCAUAGGGCAGAGGAAACAGGCGAAGAAUCAUUUUCAGUACAAAAUGGUUCGAUUCAUCAAAAAGAUGCUGUAAAUGAUGAUGAUUUUGAGCCAUACUUAAGUAGCCAGACAAAUCAGUCUCAUUGUAUAGCCCUGGCUGGUUUCAAACUUAAGACUGCUGCCUUAGCCUCCCAGAAAUAUAAAAGAGCAAAACAGUUGUUUCAUUGUAAUAACAGCUAUCCACCAAUGUCAGAUCCAUAUAUGCCUAGUUACUAUGCUCCAUCCAUUGGAUUUCCAUAUUCUCUUGGGGAAGCAGCAUGGUCCACGGCUGGAGAUCAGCCUAUGCCAUAUCUGACGACCUAUGGACAAAUGAGUAAUGGAGAACAUCAUUAUAUACCAGAUGGUGUUUUUAGUCAACCAGGGGCAUUAGGAAAUACCCCUCCAUUUCUUGGUCAACAUGGAUUUAACUUUUUUCCUGGUAAUGCUGAUUUCUCUACAUGGGGAACAAGUGGAUCUCAGGGACAAUCAACACAAAAUUCUGCUUAUAGUAGCAGUUAUGGCUAUCCACCUAGUUCUCUUGGGAGAGCUAUUACUGAUGGACAGGCCGGAUUUGGCAAUGAUACUUUGAGUAAGGUGCCUGGCAUUAGUAGUAUUGAGCAAGGCAUGACUGGACUGAAAAUUGGUGGUGACCUGACAGCUGCGGUGACAAAAACUGUAGGUACAGCCUUGAGCAGCAGUGGUAUGACUAGCAUUGCGACCAAUAAUGUGCCCCCUGUUAGCAGUGCAGCACCUAAACCAACUUCUUGGGCUGCUAUUGCCAGAAAGCCUGCAAAACCUCAACCGAAACUUAAACCCAAGGGCAAUGUGGGAAUUGGGGGUUCUGCUGUGCCACCACCUCCUAUAAAACACAACAUGAAUAUUGGAACUUGGGAUGAAAAGGGGUCCGUGGUAAAGGCUCCACCAACCCAACCAGUUCUGCCUCCUCAAACUAUAAUCCAGCAGCCUCAGCCAUUAAUUCAACCACCACCAUUGGUGCAAAGCCAACUGCCUCAACAGCAGCCUCAGCCACCACAACCACAGCAGCAACAAGGACCUCAGCCACAGGCCCAGCCUCACCAAGUGCAGUCUCAACAGCCACAGUUGCAGAAUCGCUGGGUAGCUCCUCGGAAUAGGGGAACCGGCUUCAACCAGAACAAUGGAACAGGCAGUGAAAACUUUGGUUUAGGUGUUGUACCUGUUAGUGCUUCACCUUCUAGCGUAGAGGUACAUCCAGUGCUGGAAAAACUAAAGGCCAUAAACAAUUACAAUCCCAAAGACUUUGAUUGGAACCUGAAGAAUGGACGUGUGUUUAUAAUUAAGAGCUAUUCUGAGGAUGAUAUACAUCGUUCCAUCAAGUACUCUAUCUGGUGUAGCACUGAGCAUGGUAAUAAGCGCUUGGAUGCAGCUUACCGUUCCCUGAAUGGGAAAGGCCCACUCUAUUUGCUCUUCAGUGUGAAUGGCAGUGGACACUUUUGUGGAGUGGCUGAAAUGAAGUCUGUUGUAGACUAUAACGCUUAUGCUGGUGUCUGGUCUCAGGAUAAGUGGAAGGGCAAAUUUGAAGUUAAAUGGAUCUUUGUCAAAGAUGUUCCCAAUAACCAAUUACGACAUAUUCGCUUAGAAAAUAAUGACAACAAACCAGUAACCAAUUCAAGGGACACUCAAGAAGUACCCCUAGAAAAAGCAAAGCAAGUGCUUAAAAUAAUCGCUACUUUCAAGCAUACCACCUCAAUCUUUGAUGACUUUGCACAUUAUGAAAAGCGUCAAGAGGAGGAGGAAGCCAUGCGAAGGGAGAGAAAUAGAAACAAGCAAUAACCACCGUGUGGAGAUGUCCUAUUAAAAUGACAACACUAAUGAUGUAGACUCUGGAAAUGCCUAAUAAGUCAAAGAAGAUGUUAUUAAAGCUUUUUGUUUUCUGCUUAAGGUGACAUCUUUGAACCCUUUAACACGAAAUUGAUUCUUCUUGUAAUGGUUUUCAUCAGCGCAUCUGCCCUUAUUCUCUCACCAAACACACUUGAUAACUGUAACUUCAUCAAGCACUUUGUGUCCUGAAGCUUUUACCAGUACCUGCUGUCUUUUGUAAUUAUGCAUCCUAGCUAAGGCACAGAAGACUGAAUGAAUUGUAAGGAUUCAUUAACUCUUUGAAUUUGUUAAGUACUAACAGUUAACCAUUAGAAGUGGUUCAAUGAUGUAAGAGUCUACUGCUUCAAUCUUUUCAUUGUUGUAGUUUUUAAAUUGUCAAUUUUUAGGUAUUUGACAGAUUAAAUGCAAAAUAAUCAUGCCAUAUUUAGUCCUGGAGUUCAAGUCUGAAUGUUUAUGUGAAAAAUUAUUGUAGCAAACUUUUAAUAUGGCAAAGCAACCUUAUGCUCUAUUUUAGCCAAACAGUACAUAAUCUAAAAUUAUAUAUUAGAACAUUUCCCUUGUCUUCAAACUAUUUGAUGUAACAAAUAUGCAGCCUGGUGGACUUCACCAAUUAAUGCACAUUCCCCUCCUCCAAUUAUAUGUAACUGAGAAUAUGUGUUGGUUUGAGGGAUUAUUUUGUUUCUACCACUUAAUGAAUCUCAACAUUUUGAGUAAAUGUACCUCAGUCUAAUCAGACUUUUUAUGACCUUUAUAACUACAUUUAAAACCCUUAAAUUCUAUUUCUGGGUGUUUGCGAGCCUGAUUGCUAUCAUGAAGUAAAAAUUUAUUACUCUAGGUAUUCACUAGAUAAAUAUAGUUCUUGUUUAGUAAGCAUAUACUGUUUCUCAACUUUUCUCCAGCUUUUGCAGUGUACUGGCAUCCUUAAAAUACUUUGAAAAUAUGGCCUUGAUCCAUGAAUUAAAUCAGUAUCUAAGUGAAUGUGUUGAUGUUUUAUUGAUGAGAUCUAUAUACGUGGGAAUACAGUAUAUAUCUGGGUAUUAUAGAUAAUCUUUUUAACAUCAUAUUUUUUUCAUUAAUUACAUAUCAACAUUAAUUUUGUAUCUUGAAACAAAUUGAUUUUGUAUAAUUGAAUGUGUUGUGCAUCUGUAUUUGAUUUGAUGGUUUAAGGUUAUGAAAAUAAUGUCCUGCCCCUUAUAUUACUGUUUUGAAAGGAGAAAGCUAUGUAGAAUGAUAUGUUAAGGGCGAAAAUAGCAAUACAGUAGAUUUGAAUGUCUUUUUGAUCUGCAUUAGUUCAUUUAUGUUUACAUCAUAUUUAGAGAUAUUUUCAUUUGCUCUUGUCUUUGCUCACUUCGAUUUGAAAGUCUCGUGACCGAUAUUUCUUUGAAACUUUGAUUUAUAUAAUUUUUAUAUAAUGUUUUAGGAUAUACAAAUAUUGUAUUUUUUUUAAUUAAAAUACAGUAUUUGUAGAUGACCAUAGCUACUUCACAGUUACUUGUUAGUCCCAGUGUAGUUAUGUCAGUGUUUACUGAAGGGAACACAAAUAUUAAUGGUAUAUUACAGAAUGAAAACUUUCUUAAAGGAAAAUUGCACCUAUUUUACCUUUUUGAGACUAAGCCAUGAAAUCUUGUAAUAUGUCUCUUAACUAUUUAUAAUGAAAGUUGGCAUUUGGGUAUAGUCAGCACAGCAAUGUUCUAUAUCCUUAAGAUUGUAUAAGUAGGACAUUUUAAAGAUGACACAUGUCAUUCUGGAGCUCCUACUAGAGAAAACUGUAAAAGGGUGACCUUGUAGGAAGGAGCUGAGUCCUCCCCCUGAGGUUCUCUUUUUCUUGGUGCUUUAUUAGCAACUCUGGAUAUUUUUAUAAAACUAGAUACAUUAUAAACUAAUUCAGUCUUGUUUAAUUUACAUUAGGUUUUAUGUAAGAAUGUCAUCGAAAUACCCAAUGAGCAGGCUGAUUGCAGUAGACUCAGACAGGGCCAGUGAAUCUCAGCUGAGAGUCUAUUCGUGGUGAGGAGAACAUCCCAGUGCCUUUAACCUGAAUUUCUAAUCUUAUGUGAAAUGGGUGCAGCAUUCCUUUGGACAAAAGCUUCCACUUGGUAAUUUUUGUGUUUUUCUCACUUUAAGUAUUCCCCAAAGCACCAACCUUCUCUUCCUUCUUGGUCAGUCAGUAUAUUGUAAGAUUAUUUUCCAUUAAAUGAAAUCAUUACAGGUUGUCUCUAAAGUACAACCAACAGAAUGUUUCUUAACUGCGGGGACCAAAAGGGAGAGACUCUGAGCUCUACAAGAGUAUAUAUAUAAUAAAAUGUUGGAAUAAUAUUAAAUUAAGACAUUAUUGGUCCUGUGAUUUCUUGCUCAGUGUUUUUCCAAUUUGUCAUUUGAAUGAUUCUUACUAAAGUUAUUUUAUGUGGGUAUUUUAUUUUUAAUGGUAUUAUAAUUUGUAUAUUUAACAGUAAGGGGGAAAGUAACCAAAAUUAGUAUUCUUUCACUAUACAUAUUGGUACUUGAAACUUCCUUUUAAAAAAAUCAACAAAAAAAACUCAACCUUUUAGUGCUUAAUUCCUCAUUUUAACCUGUGAUCUUUCUAAUUGAAAAGCUGUGUUAUUUUUGACUUCCAUGCAUGUGGGGUUAAGCUGAUGUUGAAACAGUUUGCAGUAAAAAAAAAAAAAAAGAAAAAA